ACACAGAAGGAAUACUGUUUCAAUUUGCGGUUGCUUAGAGCAGUUGGAGGUGCCGAUAUUAUUGACCCUUUUCUUUCUGAAUUGCCUGUGGAAAAUUGGUGCCGUGCAUUUUAUACUAGCUGCCGAUAUGGAAUUAUGGCUAAUGGGAUUGCUGAAUCAUUUAACUCUUGGAUUGCAAUUGAGCGUUUGAUGCCAGUCUACUGUAUGCUCGACCAGACAAGAAUUAAACAAAUGGAGAUGGCGGGUAAAAGGAGGGAAGAGGCAGAACGUUGGACCACAGAACUAACUCCCAAAAUGGAGGAAAGGUUGAAGGUGCAGAUGGAGAAAUCUCGUCGUUUCAGUGUCCAUUAUUCAAGUCCGGGAGUUUAUGAGAGCUACAGUUUUCCUAUCCAUCCGAUAACCAAUGUUGAUAUGUCUUCUACGGAUUCUGCUUCUGAAUGUAUAUUACCUCCCCUUGCGAAGAGGCCCCCCGGGAGGCCUAGGGUGAAGCGGUUCAAGUCAGUUGGAGAGGUUGAAAAGAAGCUGAUUUGUUGUGGUCAUUGUGGAAAAAUGGGCACUCAUAACAAGUUGAGCUGCACUGAACCUCUCGUUCAGCAGUAGUAUAUGUUUCUAUAGUGAGUUUUUAGGGUUUGACUUUGUCUAGUGGGGGGCAGUAAUUGGUUUAUUGGGGGCCAGUAAUUGUUUAUAU